UUCUCCGUUUCGAGUGUCACAAAAACAUCAAACGAACCCCAAAAUUUCGAGCUCAUCGUUUGUUGCCAUCCAGGAACUGUUGUUGAAAUUACAAAAUUACAAAUAGCGCCUCAAUGGCAGCCAUGGCAGAAGCGAAUCCAGGAGAAGGAUCUGCUGAGGAGGUGGACAACAGCUGGUGCCUGAUCGAGAGUGAUCCGGGUGUCUUUACCGAGCUCAUUCGGGGAUUCGGCUGCACGGGCGCCCAGGUGGAGGAGAUAUGGACCCUGGAUGCCGACGCCUUCCAUCACCUGGAGCCCAUCCAUGGCCUGAUCUUUCUGUUCAAGUGGGUGCAGGACGACAAGCCCGCCGGACGCGUGGUCAAGGAUCGGGAUGACAUCUUCUUUGCCCGCCAGGUGACCACGAAUGCCUGUGCCACACAGGCCCUUGUCAGCCUGCUGCUGAAUCUCCGCCAUCCGGACAUCGAUUUGGGUAACACCCUGAAUGGAUUCAAGCGCUUUUGCCAGGACCUGGAUCCGGUGACCCGGGGCCUGUGCCUGGGCAACGAGCAGAAGAUCCGCGAGGUGCACAACUCCUUUGCCCGACCCGUACUCUUCGAGCUGGAUCUGCGUCAGGCGCCGCCAGAUGAUGAUGUCUACCACUUUGUGGGCUAUAUGCCCAUCAAGGGACGGCUGUUCGAGCUGGACGGGCUGCACGAGGGUCCCAUUGAGCUGGCCGAGAUCGGCAAGGAGCAGAACUGGCUGGAUGUGGUGAGACCCAUUAUUGAGGCCCGAAUGCAGCGGUAUAGCGUGGGCGAGAUCCACUUCAACCUGAUGGCCCUGGUCUCGGAUCGCCAGCGGUGCUACGAGCGGCAGAUCCAACUGCUCGUCCACCAGCCAUCGCCGCUGAGCCACUCGGAGCGCCAGGCGGAGAUCGCCAGUCUGCGGACCUAUGUGAAGUUCGAGCAGGACAAGAAGCGUCGCUACCGCCAGGAGAACCUGCGGCGGCGCCACAACUAUCUGCCCUUCAUCGUGGAGCUGCUGAAGCAGCUGGGCGAGACCGGGCAACUGAUGCCCAUCUACGAGAAGGCAAAGCAGCGGGCCAUCCAGUGCCAGGCCUCCGCCAAUCAGAAGCUUAAGCAAGCCAAGGCACCGUGAUCUAAAGAAUUCACGGUUCGCAAACCAAGGAUUCGAUUAAAAAAAAUUUUGAUGACAACACAUCCACCCCGAAAUUCUCUAACAAACCGGCGGAGCGCAUCAUAACCAUUACCACUAAUGAUCGCCAGCCAGCUGAUUAAUAUAAUCCUGUUACAAGUUCAAAAAUAAACA